UCACUCUAGAACUAUAAUGAAUUCGAUGAAAACAGUUUUUGUAUUAACGUGUUAUACUUUUUCUUAUGAUUGCCAGUGACUGGGAACAGUUGAUUUCGAUAUGUUCUUUUGUAUUUUACAUGACGUGGACUUUGAAUUCCUCGAUUAGCUUAUUCAAAUAAUGCGUACUUAUUGUAGUAGUUAGUCUAAUACUAAAAUGACCCAUUUUUGAACGAAUUCCCAUACCCGUAGGCUGUACUCGUAUAGUAUGGAUUUUAUUAUUAUUUAUAUCAAUUACGAGCACUGCGAGCACUUCACACGCAUCGUUGAACAAUGACCGUGGUAGAAACUAAGACCGAAUAUUGUUGUCUAGUACUUACCUGUAGAACGUAAUAUUGUAAUGAUCGACAUCGAAAACGGUAAUAAAUAAUUAACGAUCGACGUGUUGUACCAUUUGGUUUUAUCUAAAUUGUUGUGUGCACGUUUAUGCCGACGACUGUGUCCUACAAUCUAUAUGUAUUACCUUAUAAUAAUAAUUAUAUGUUAAUCCACGAACCAAUAUAAUGUUAUGUGCGCACGCGCGGGUAUAUGUUUUAGGAGAUAAUUUUCUCGGCGAUUCCGGCAGUUAAUUACUAAAAUAAAGUUUUCAUCAGCUGUUGGAGUAUAAAAAGUAUCAAACCACCCGAGAAGUCAUAAUAUUCCACGUCCUGGCCUGCGUGAGUAUUAUUACACGUCGACGUACUCUCGACGCACUCGGAGUCGGCGGCGGCAUUCGGUUUAUCGCGACCGGCACCGGCUUAUCUGAACGUCAAUGUCCAAAGACGGCUCACUCAUCGCGUAUUCUCCCACUCGCUGGCCGCCGUUAUCAUCGUUUCUGUUGGCUGUUCGCGGUCCGUCCGAGAAAGUCGUCUCGAGUCGCUGACCGAUCGUUUACACCGGUACUUUACUACACAAUUUCGAUAGUAUAUUAUUAUAAUAUCCAUACGUUUCCGCGAUUUUCCGUGACUUUUCGCGCCGUCACCGCUAACCCGGUAAUACCGCGAGAUACCUGUACAGUGUCAGAUCGUACGAGGCGUUAUAGGAAAACGGCGGCGGCGGACCCAUAGAAUGGCACACUCGCUGCGAUUGAUCACCUACCUGGUGCCCAGCCACCCCGUCGAGUUCUACGAGGGCAUCGCACAUUUCCUGGAAGAAGAGCUCCAUGUCAGCGCGACGCUCGUCUACGAGUCCAGAGACCCCAUCGGCCUGUACGACGACGACCGUCCCGAUCCCUUUUGCCUGAAAGAAGUGGACAUAGGUUUUUUGAGCCCCACGCAGUACUUGAAGAUGAAAAAGUCGAAAAAAAUCGAAUUGCUGCCGAUUACACCCGUGUUCACGCAUCCCAGGAACGCGGCACAGAAACCGGGAUACUUCGCGGACGUCAUUAUGCACACGGAUGUCGAGAAAACCGUCAAGUCGUUCCUGGACCUGAGGGGCUGCAAUUGGGGAUACACGGGAGACAAUUCACUCAGCAGCAGCCUCACCAUACAGAAAUUGCUCAGGACUCACGGGGAAAACUCGUCGUUUUUCGGCAACACGACAAAGACCGGAAAUCAUUUGUUGACCGUGGAGAAGGUGCAAGAUAAAAAAGCGAUCGCUGCGGCCGUUGACUCUACGGCCUUUUACAAUUACAAAAACGUUUUGCACAAGGAAUCGGAAGACAUAACCAUUUUGGACAGCCUCGGGCCUCUACCUCCGUACGCGAUCGUCUGCGGAAAACACUUAAACGGAGAUCUGAAAUCCAAAAUCGUGGACGCCCUACUGAGAGCCACGCUCACGCGGCCGUGGAAAGUGCAGUUCGAGAAGUUCGGUCUGAUCAAAUUCGUUUCCAACUCGAAUGACGCCUACUCCGAGCUAGAAUUCACCGAGCCCCUCGGCGGAAAAGGGUUGUCGUCGGUAUAUUAUUGAGGAGACGUAAAAUGACACAGAGUUAUCGUCGAUCCACUCGCCCGACAACAAUAAUUGGCCGCGUGUCGGACGACCAUCGGUGUAAAAAAAAAAAAAAAUAUUAUUCCACAUUUCAGAGACUCGGAGUUCAGUGAUUUAUACCGCAUCACACAUAUUAUAAUGUAAUACUAUACUAUUGAAGCCUAUAAAAUAUGUAAAUGAUAAUAUAAAA